CCCCGGUAGGCGCAGAAGAAUGUUGGCCUGCUACCGGCCCCCGGGGAACGAGACGCUGCUGAGCUGGAAGGCCUCGCGGGUCACGGGCACGGCCUUCCUACUGCUGGCGGCGCUGCUGGGGCUGCCCGGCAAUGGCUUCGUCGUGUGGAGCUUGGCGGGCUGGCGGCCCGCAAGGGGGCGACCGCUGGCGGCCACGCUCGUGCUGCACCUGGCGCUGGCCGACGGCGCGGUGCUGCUGCUCACGCCUCUCUUCGUGGCCUUCCUGGCGGGGCAGACGUGGCCGCUGGGCCAGGCGGGCUGCAAGGCCGUGUACUACGCGUGCGCGCUCAGCAUGUACGCCAGCGUCCUGCUCACCAGCCUGCUCAGCCUGCAGCGCUGCCUGGCCGUCACCCGGCCGUUCCUGGCGCCCUGGCUGCGCAGUCCGGCCCUGGCCCGCCGCCUGCUGCUGGCCGUCUGGCUGGCCGCGCUGCUGCUCGCCGCCCCGGCCGCCGUCUACCGGCACGUGUGGGGAGACCGAGUGUGCCAGCUGUGCCACCCGUCGCCGGCCCACGCCGCCGCCCACCUGAGCCUGGAGACGCUGACGGCCUUCGUGCUCCCCUUCGGGCUGGUGCUCGGCUGCUACGGCCGGACGCUGGCGCGGCUGCGGGGCGCGCGCUGGGGCGCCGGGCGGCACGGGACGCGGGUGGGCCGGCUGGUGAGCGCCAUCGUGCUCGCCUUCGGCUUGCUCUGGGCCCCCUACCACGCGGUCAACAUUCUGCAGGUGGCGGCCGCGCUGGCUCCGCCCGGAGGGGCCCUGGCGAGGCUGGGCGGGGCGGGCCAGGCAGCGCGGGCUGGAACUGCCGCUUUGGCCUUCUUCAGCUCCAGCGUCAACCCGGUGCUCUACGUCUUCACCGCCGGGGAUCUGCUGCCCCGGGCAGGCCCCGGCUUCCUCACGCGGCUCUUUGAGGGCUCGGGAGAGGCCCGAGGGGGCGGCCGCUCUAGGGAGGGGACCAUGGAGCUCCGAGCUACCCCUCGGCUCAAAGUGGUGGCGCAGGGCCAGGGCGAUGGAGACCCCGGGGGCGGGGUGAAGAAGGACAGUCAGGGAUGGGAACCUUGACACCAAACCCUACAACCGGGCCUGCCUCUUCCCUGUUCCCUUCCACCGUCCCUCCCCCAGAACUCAGGGAACCACUCUGGAGCGUUUGGGGACCCUUCUCUGGCCACAGUUUGCAUCUUUCUGGGCAGAAUUAUUAUACCCCUGGGGCAGGCCCAGGUACCUCCAAACAGAGGGACUGCAAGAGGUGAUGGUACUGUGUGCUUGCAGGUUGGCAUGUGCCUCUGUGCCAGAGCUGCUGACUUGCUGCCAAGAGCUACUGUGAAAUGCACUGGGGGGGGGGGGGCAUCAC